UUCCCAUAGUUCCACUUUUCGGCGCUGGCUGAUGACGCAAAAAGGCUGCUGCUGUAACCUUGCUCUGUUGUGUUGUUUUCAGAUGUGAGUUUGACGUUAAAACUUUCUUUAGCUGUUCGGGUUUUCGGCGUUUCUCCGCAGCCAUGAGCAGAUAUAUUCUACCGAUUUCCGUGUUCGGGACGGUGGCCGGAAGUGCCGUUUUAAUCAAGAACCGUGUGACUGGGGGCCGCUGCCCCAGCAAGGCUGGGAUUAAAGGGAAGACCGUCGUGAUAACCGGCGCGAACACCGGCAUCGGGAAGGAGACGGCGAGAGAGCUGGCCAGCAGAGGGGGCCGGAUCAUUAUGGGAUGCCGCGACAUGGAGAAAUGUGAAGAGGCAGCGAGUGAGAUCCGAGGGAAGACGCUGAACCCGCAUGUUUAUGCGUGCCAGCUGGACCUGGCCUCCAUGAAGUCCAUCCGAGAGUUCGCAGAGAGAAUCAAUCAAGAGGAGAAGAGCGUGGACAUUUUGAUAAACAACGCCGGAGUCAUGCGGUGUCCGGCGGGGAAGACGGAGGACGGCUUCGACAUGCAGCUGGGAGUGAACCAUUUAGGCCACUUCUUGUUGACGAACCUCCUGCUGGAGAAGCUGAAAGACUCCGCCCCCAGUCGUGUGAUCAACCUGUCCUCGCUCGCCCACAUCGUUGGAAAGAUCGACUUCGACGACCUGAACUGGGAGAGGAAGAAGUUCGACACGAAGCAGGCGUACUGCCAGAGCAAACUCGCCAAUGUUCUGUUCACCAGGGAGCUCGCCAAGCGGCUAGAAGGCACCGGAGUGACGGUGAACGCCGUGCACCCUGGGGUCGUAGCCACGGACCUCGGCAGACACACCGGCCUGCACCAGUCGCAGUUCUCCAGCACCGUCCUCAGCCCGUUCUUCUCCAUGCUGGUGAAGAGUCCGGAGCUCGGCGCCCAGCCCAGCGUGUUUCUGGCCGUGGCGGAGGAAAUGGCGGGCGUAACGGGUCGCUACUACGACGUGAUGACAGAGAAGGAGCCGGCGCCGCAGGCGCUGGACGACGUGGCGGCGCGGCGGCUGUGGGAGAUCAGCAGCAGGCUGGUGGGCCUGCAGGCCAACACGCCGCCUCAAGCCACAACCGGACCCACAGAACCAGAACCAGCUGGAAAUUAGCUUCACUUAGAACGAGGAGGUACAAACUGUGGCCCAGGGGCCAUUUUGUGGCCUUUGGAUUAAUUCUGCGGCCCCAACUGUAGUUCAAGAACUAAACUUGUUCUUUUAAUCUUUUAAAAUAUUAAGUACAAUCAAAAUUAACCAAAAAUUUUACUCAAGUAAGAGUAAAACUACUUCAAACGUUAGGGGUAAAGUGGUAUUUAAAGUUACCCCUUCAAAUAAAAAGGCAAAAAGUUUAUUUAAAGAUGGUGAAUGUUUAAAAUAAUGUCUUUGUUCAGGGACUCUGUUCUACUGUGUUGGAGUUUCUGUUAAAUAAAGUUGGCCUACGGCGCCACCUGUCUGCCAAACAUUUACAUGCUGCUGCUUAAAAAUAAAUGACAUGAAGCCUCAGCUGUUCAAAACUGGCAAUUAAUUUCAUCAUGUUUGGCAAAUUUUAGAUUCACAAAUAUAAUUUAUCAUCUUCACCUUUUUUUACAGUUUUUAUUUAGUAAAUUGAGCCAUGUUUAUUAUUUGCAACAAAAAGAAACUGAAUGUUGUAGGUCACUUAAUAUUUUUAAUUUAUUCUAAUGUUUAUAAUGUUUGCUUUUGGGGGGGGUUGUACCAUUGUAGAAAUCUAUCCUCCAGGCACAUUUUAUUUUAUAUUCUGUUCCUCGUUUUUCUAAGCAACUGUGUUUUUUCAAUAAAAAUCAAAAAUAAAUGAUAUUUUUAU